CUCCUGUCCAUCUGAGUGACCCAACUCACCUGGUCAGCCCUUCCCCUGCACACACACACACCUGCCCUACCUGGUACACUUGUCUACCAACCCAACACACACCUGCUCUACCUGGUACACCUGUCUACCAACCCAACACACACCUGCCCUGCCUGGUACACCUGUCUACCAACCUAACACACACCUGUUCUAUCUGGUACACCUGUCUACCAACCCAACACACACCUGCCCUGCAUGGUACACCUGUCUACCAACCCAACACACACCUGCCCUGCCUGGUACACCUGUCUAUCAACCCAACACACACCUGUCUGGCCACUGGAUCAGACUCCAAUCUGCACACCAUCCACUAGUGGGGGUGUGUGUAUUGAUGGAUCAGGAUGUCAACCAAUAACAACAUCGCCCAGGCCAGGAAACUGGUGGAACAAUUGAGGAUCGAGGCAGGGAUCGAACGUAUUAAGGUUUCUAAGGCAGCAGCAGACCUGAUGAGUUACUGUGAGCAGCACGCCCGUAACGAUCCGCUCCUCGUUGGCGUACCAACGUCAGAAAACCCUUUCAAAGACAAGAAACCCUGCAUCAUCCUAUAGCUGCACACUCGUCUCUGCCCAUCAGACACACACACACACACACACACACACAUACACACACACACACACACACACACACACACAUAUAUAUAUAAACGUAAACACAGAAAUUAAAUAGCCACUCUGGAGAAGCGCCAUACUUAAUAGCCACAGCUAGGGGGCGGUGUCUGUGUUUACAGACCACAUUACCACAUUAGUGAUAUUAGCCCUGGAUUGUGUUUUUGUGGUGCUGAGGGUAAGCCUGCACUAACAUGCAGCCCUACCUGAUACUGGUUACUGACUCACCCACAGAGAUAGUGACACUCAAGUGGAGAUGACAGAUUUACUUUAAAAAGGGAUUAGGACAAUUAUCUUAAUAGGAAUCCACAGUCGCCUACAUGAAGUUAUAGGCUGAUGUAUAGCAUGUAUUUUAGUGAAUCAAUGAUUUAUUGAUUCAUUGAUUAAUCAAUUGACUGAUAGCAUGUAUCUCUGGGUGCUGUGGAAUGAUGGGUGUAAGGUACAUGAGGGUAAGGAGUGAGGUGGAGGGUGAUAUGUGUGACCAAUCUGGUGUAAAACCUGGGUCGUCCAUGUGAUGCAAGAUGUGUUAGCCCUCUCAGCUAAAGCCUAGUCAUUAGCCGUGGAAGUUAAUAUAAGUCUUCAGGUCUCAGGCAUGGUUACCCAUCACUAAAGCACCGUGGCUAUACACAGUGUGUUUGUUAGCCAAAUAGUGGCUGACUUGCCACUGACUUGCUAAGUAUCACAAUGGGGAUGGCCCCUUCCUGAAACCUUGGGUCAACGGUAAUGUCAGUGUUUCCACAAGACAUUGUGUUUUUGUGAACAUAGCAUUGAAACACUGAGCAGGUUGGUACAUGCUGCAUAUGUACCCACUGUGUUUAAACCCGGAUCAUCUGCAAUGCCACAAGACUGUGUUAGCCCACUGAGCUAAAGUAUAGGCUACAUACUCCCCCACUCUAGCGACGGUUAUCGAUCAAAAGUGUUUCUGCUUUGGUUUUGAAUUCUUGGUCAGUGGGUUUUCUAUAGGCCAAAACUCCAGCUGUGUCGACUUGUGGAGUAAGUUGCUCAUAGACACUGAUCUAUGAUCAGUCUUGUGUUUUCCCUCUAAUGGUAAAGGUUAGGAUUUAGGGAGGGUUAUCUGAUACUAGAUCUGUGUCUAAAAGGCUACCACAGGCAGCCUAAUUCAGAUCUUUGUCCACUAAUUGGUCUUUUGACCAAUCAGAUCAGCUCUUUUUCCAAUAAUUGAGCAAAAUAUCUGAAUUGUGCUGCCUGUGUAAACGCAGCCUAAUGAAACUUUUAUCUUGAGUAUUGCCAAGUACUGAGAGGUUAACUGUGUUCAAGUUUUUAACACUAGAAGUAUAUAUAUAUAUAUAUGUUUUUUUAUUAAUUAUUGUUUCGAUAUUUUGUCCACUGUAGGUUUCCAUUCACUCCUUAACUUUACACUUGAGGCAAAAGUUUACCUUAACCACAGAUCUAGGAUCAGAUUAUCAUCCCCAAUCUUAAUUUAAACCAUAUGUACAAAUAUCUUAUCCUAUAUCAGUGGUUAUAGAAUUCACUAGUUCUGCCAAUGAGAGCAAGCAUCACAUUAUGGGCUUUGCUUAUUGGCUCAUCAUGUGUUUUAUUGAGGAACAAGAGCCAAUUACAAAGUGUUGUCCCGUCUCCCCACCUCCACAGACCCAUUUCUCUACUCCCAAACCAAACUUGAUUGUAAAAAAUGUAAAAGAUGCUAGAGAAAAUAAAAAAAAAGUGUAUAAACUUUCUUUAAGUGCAAAAGUGAUACGUUUUGAGAGUAGCUUUUCGGGGUUUGGCUUGAGUUUCUUUCUAAAUAGAAGCAGGUCAGUCGAGUAUUAUUAUCGAACUGUACAGUGUUUGUAAGAUAAAACUUAGGCCAGAAUUCAAUCAAAGUGCAUCAAACUUUUUCCACCAAAAAAAAGCGCUUUAAUUGAAUGUCAGCCUGUUGCGGAAUCUUUUCUGUGAACGUUCCAUUUUUGCAUAAAUGUUUCCCUUCUGUCAGAAUUUAGUCUGUUUGUUUCCUCAUUCAGCUUGAGACAGGUUCACACAAACACACACACUCACACGCUCACACACACACGCACAC